UCGAGAACGAAAAAAAGAAGAUGGCGGUCUCCUUCACCCUCCGGUCCAUCAUGCUCCGCAGGUCGCUUCAUGGAGCCUUCAGCCUGCACCGUCGGACCCGGGGGCCUCCUGUCGCCGGUGUCGGGCUCAGGUUCGUUUGUGACGCUGCUCCAGAAGAGAAAAAAAUGGCGGUAAUAGAGUCUGUGGAAGAAUACAGCUUCGUAGAGCGGCUCAUCCCGCUGUCACGGGUCCCCGCGCCACCUCACCACGCCGGCCCCACUCCGUCCGGCUGGAUGCCCCCGGCUGAUUCACCGCCGCCGCUGCCGUACAUGAUCCGCCGCUCCCGUAUGCACAACAUCCCGGUGUACAGCGACCUGACCCACGGCAGACGCAAAACAACACUCAUACGGAAAGUGGAGGGGGACAUUUGGGCUCUGGAGAAGGACGUGCAGCAGUACCUGAAGAAUGUGACUGGGAGAGAGCUGCCCACACAGGUCAACGAGGUCACCAUGACCCUGACGGUCAAAGGUCACUUCGAUAAGGAGCUGAAGGAAUGGUUGGCCAGCAAAGGCUUCUGACUCAGCGGCUCUGUUCUCCCACGACUGUCCCAGAGAGCACCUUGCUCUGGGACCACAGAGAAGAGGACUCUGCACCUGCAGGCCUGUCUGAACCUGGUUUCACUCUCUCACAGAGGAAACACUGAACCCUAACCCACCAGACAGAUGUUGAAGCUGCAGGAUCAUAUGCUGUUAAACUGUACAUACUUGUUUAAUGAAUAUAACAUUAAAUAUCGAAGCUUA